GCGUUAAAUUAGGGCUUUUCUUCAGACAUUUUACCGUCGUGUCAGCUUGUGCAACUGUGCGUCUCUAUAAAAUAAACCUACGACGAUCCAUGCGGAGAGUGAAGAGUGCGCAGGAUACAGUGUCCUACAUUUUUAAUUUCCGUCUCCCUAGAAAACUCAGCAGACGAUAGAUCUUCUUCCACAAUUACCAAGCCUUUCGAUCGCUCGUUUCAACCAUAAUCACAUUCUUCUCCUUGGCUCUUCUCACAGAAGAUUAUACAUACUUGCAUAUAACUUUUUACAGAACAAAAAUGACGACUAUGAUUCGGCUCCGUUACCAACUUACAACCAGAAGGUUCCCUGAUCCCUGCGAAAAUCGCCAUUUUCCCAAUCCAGCGAUUUCGAUUUCAUUUCCUCAAAAUCGCUCUCUCAGCCGUCUCAAUUCCAAUCUCGUUUCUCCAAGGGUUCAACUUUCCUGUAUCGGGGGAGAUGGGAAUAAUGGAGUUCGCGGUCGCGGAAACGGUGGCAACGAAGGAAACGAUGGAGGUCACAAAGGGGAUGGUCACUCUGAUGAUGAUGAUUCUUCGUCGUCGUCGUCUUGGGGGCCGUUGGCUCUUUUCCUCAACGGAUGGAGAUCUAGGGUUGCAGCGGAUCCCCAAUUCCCAUUCAAAGUUCUCAUGGAGGAAUUGGUGGGUGUUAGUGCUUGCGUUCUCGGCGAUAUGGCUUCUCGUCCUAAUUUCGGUCUUAAUGAGCUUGAUUUUGUAUUCUCCACUCUCGUUGUUGGUUCGAUAUUGAACUUCACUCUCAUGUACCUGUUGGCACCCACCAUGUCUGCAACUUCUCCAAGCUUGCCUGCCAUCUUCGCCAAUUGCCCCACCAGUCACAUGUUCGAACCAGGUUCUUACACCAUUCUCAACCGGCUGGGCACUUUUGUGUACAAAGGAACCGUCUUUGCAGGUGUUGGAUUCGCAGCUGGACUAGUAGGGACUGCGCUUUCCAAUGGCUUGAUCAAAAUGAGGAAGAAGAUGGACCCGAAUUUCGAAACCCCAAACAAGCCGCCUCCCACUCUGUUGAAUGCUGCGACGUGGGCCAUUCACAUGGGUGUCAGCAGCAAUUUCAGGUACCAAACCUUGAAUGGAAUCGAGUUCAUGUUGGCUAAUGGGUUGCCUCAGAUGGCAUUCAAGACAUCUGUGGUGGUUCUGAGAUGUUUGAACAAUGUCCUUGGCGGGGUUUCUUUUGUGUUGUUGGCGAGGAUGACAGGAUCGCAGAGCGUGGAAGAGGACAAGUCGGGUAAAAUGGAGAAGGAGAAGUUGGUGGAUGAGGGAGAGGAUUUGGAGAGCAACUAGUGCAUUUUCGUUUUCGUAUGUUGUUGUGUUGUUCAUAUUGGUUGGAUAUUGUCUGAUGAAUGUAAUAAUUUGGAAGAUGUGCUUUGAUUAUCGGCUGUCUUUGUUGUGGAAAUAGAAAUGUCUUUCCAUUAUGAAUGUUU